CAUCCUGUUAAUGUUUGACUGCCGUGGCAGUGGUUCUGUUUUUUGCAGUCGACUACGCCCUGAGGCUCACCAAAACGAGCCACAAAAACAGCCAUUUCCUCUUGGCUGGGAGUGGGGGGGGCCUUUUCCUCACCGCAGUGGCUGUUCUCAUCCCAGCACUCACAGCUCAGCUCUUCGGAGAGGGACACGGCAGAACAACCGCCUCGAGAUAGUCCAGACUUGCUGAUCACCUUUGAGAUGACCGCAUUCUCCUGUGGYUUGGCUUGGCUUUGAGAGGAUGGUAUCUGUCACUGUUUGCAGGAUAUUCUGAAGUUUGCAUUCAAACCCAGGCUUUUGGAGCAGCUCUGGUGGGCUUGGAGAACCCAGUGCUCAUCAAGCUACGGCGAGCAUCCCAUCCUGUCUCUGCUCCACCUCAGCUCAGGCUCGCCUGCCCCGAGACUGGAUUCUGUCUGGAUUCACCCCGUCCAACACGGAAUGGACCUCCCUGUCAUCCAGUUCACCACGGGACUUGCAUUACUUAUCAAAGUGCAAGAAGGAGGAUAAGUCAACACUGGGAAGGACCUAAAAAAGCUUCUUUGUGUUCUUAUUUUAUGGAAUUCUCCUAUCUACCUCACAAAAUUCUCAUUUCYUUGGUCAGAAAUCUCUCUGGAGUUGACUUCAAGAAUGAACGGUGAUGUCCUCUAGCUCCCCGUAACACCGCAGCGCAGCCGCCUGUCCCCAGCCCAAUUUCAAUGUGUUGCAGCUGACUGGGACCUCGUGUCGUCUGCAGUUAGAGACUGGCAGGAAGCUGACAGUCAGAUAUGACUGUCCAGAAACUGGUAGCCACAGCUGUGUUGGUAGCCCUGGUCUCACUCAUCCUUAACAACGCAGCUGCCUUUACCCCCAACUGGGUGUACCAGACGCUGGAGGAUGGGCGCAAGCGCAGCGUGGGGCUCUGGAGGAUGUGCUGGCUGGCAGAGCGGAGCAGAGCGAGUGCAAGCUCCAGUGCCAGGCAUGGGCAAGGGGAGGAGCAGGACUGUGAAGCCCUGGGCUGGGGUUCAGAGUCGGCUGGSUUCCAGGAGUCACGCAGCACUGUCAAACUGCAGUUUGACAUGAUGCGUGCCUGCAACCUCAUCGCCACGGUGGCUCUGACUGCUGGCCAGCUCCUCUUCGUCAUGAGGCUGAUGGAGCUCCCCAUUAUCUCCCAGGAUACCCAGUGGUGGGAGGAAGCCAUAGCUGCUGUGUUCCAACUUGCCAGUUUUGUUCUGGUUAUUGGACUAGUGACGUUCUACCGUAUYGGACCAUACACCAACCUCUCAUGGUCCUGCUACCUGAACAUUGGAGCCUGCCUUUUGGCCACGCUGGCAGCUGCCAUUCUAAUCUGGAACAUCCUCCACAGGCGUGAAGACUGCAUGGCACCCCGGGUCAUUGUCAUCAGCCGCACCCUGASCGCUCGCUUUCGCCGGGGCUUGGAGAACGACUAUGUUGAGUCACCAUGCUGAAAGAGCACACUUGAAGGGGGAAAGAUCUCCAAGGAGGUCUGCACUGGAGUUGUUUUCUAUAAAUAUAUGCUAUAAUUUAAAACUAAGGGUUGAAAGACACCACAACGCUCUCAUGUGUGGGCAGAGGCCCUCAAUUAUUAUUUAGAUGGGCUCCACCUAUAUACAUAUGUAUAAAACACAUAAUUUUAUCUUUUUUUUUUUUGCCCUCUCCCUCUGCUGUACAACACAGAAUUGUUGGGUUGGCUGCAGGGUCAGCUGGAGAAGAUACCAAGUGUAUACAAUGAGAAUAUAGGAAAGAGGGAACCAAACAUGUUUUCUCUGUCUGCGUCAAGGUCUCCUGCUCCCUAAAAUUAAACCAAAAAGCUAUAGGAGACCACUGACAAAAGCCUGGGAGUUAAUAGGCAAUCCGAGAAAGCAGAUUAAGUGAUGGGUAUAACAGCUGCCUAAAUUUCAUCACCCUCCAGUCGUUACUUCUACCUCUCUAUGAGGAGUGAAUUCUCAUUAGCUGCCCCUCCCAGGGUGGCUCCCAGCCCAAAACAGACCAGAGAGUAAAAAACAAAAACAACUCUAACUAUUCUAAUGUAAAGAAAGGGAUUGCAGAMGAAUUAAAUUGCAUUUCUUUUCAGACAUUUCUUUUGUAUCCUGAGACARGGGUUAGGUAAUGUCCUGUGCGUAAACAGACAUUAAAAAAGAGAAGGGUACACAGCUAGAACAGGUCACACAUGCUGCUGAAAAAUCUGUUUCCAUGUUACAUUGACAGCAAAUGUCAACAGGAGGCUACCUGAACUCCCUAAUAAUGAGAAAUAUGAUUAACUUACAUUGUCGGGAACUAUUAUUAGAAAGAGAUAUUCCAGCCCAAAUUGGUUUAUUUUCUCUCCAGCUAGUUGUAAUAUUUGCUGUGACAUUAGAGUGCUAUGGCAGGACACCAGCUGUGCCCAGCAAUGCUCAGAGUCACAUAACACAGGGAAUACUGGAGAACAGAGCUGCCACUCAAGCAUCUACACUGGAGAACAAGACAAAUAUACAGGACUUCAGGAUUUUGAGAUUAAAAAACUACUUGUCUGAUAACUUAAUUUGGUAUUGAAGUGAAAAAUUAAUACCUUUAGAAUUAGGUGUAAUGUUUAUAAGCCUUACCCUGAGAAGCACAUGGCCUCACAAAAGUCAUAGGYGUGUAAUUUUCAGAAAGAAAAACAACAUAUCAAAAACUAUUAUAAAGGAAUACAUUGAAUACAGGAACCUGAGGCAAUGACAGGAGUGUAAGCACUCUUUGGAUGCUGCUGUGAGCACAAUUAGUGRUAGGUUUGAGGGCCCAUGAGCUGUGAAUGCUACAAAUUCCUCAGGACUGUUGUAUUGCUCCCAGCUGAGUACACUGCUUUGCUUCUUUAUCACUAUUUCCACACUUUGUUAAAAUGUGAUCAUCAAGCUGGCUCUUGAGUUCUGUUCUGCAGUUUGGAUGUGAUAAGAAACUCAACCCCGACUGCUGCUUUGCAUCAYGUUCCAAAUGAGCAACACUCUGCAGAGAGUGAUGCUCUAGAACAACAGCACUGCUCCAGACUACCGAGGGAAAUACCACAARGUUGACAAAGAGUUUCUUCUAGUAGGUUUGUAAAAACCAACUAAGAUUAGUAUUCAUCUGCAUGCAUUCAUUUCUGGGAAAAAAAAAGCAUUCCAGAAAUAAUAUUCUAUGACUUAAAGCAGGGUUUUUAAAAUAAAAUAUUAGAAUAUUUAAGAGACAUUAUAUUAUUUCCUCUAAUAUUGCAAUAUCCAUGUUAUAAUAAUGUACAUUUGAAUUUAAAAAUUACCUAUGUGGUUGAUAAAUCUGUAAUACUUGGUAUUGCUGUGAUUAUUAUAGAUGUAUAAAUAAAAUGUUCAUUUUCUUCUA